UUUUACAAGGUUUUUCUUGCAAUUGGCCUCGACGCCUCCUUGUUAGAGAGCUUUCUACGAACCUUCCUGGAACACCGCACAUCUUACAUGCAUGUUGGAGCUAAAAACACCAAUAUCACUGACAACGUUUCCAAAUGCGCCACCCACAUAAUCUAUUGCUCAUAAAGAAGAGUUGAAUUUUUUGAUGCACGAGGUCACUAUCUCACCUGUGAGCUUUGAAAUUUUCUUCUUGCUUGUGGUUGGAAUGGAGAGUUGCACUUGAAAAAGUCCAGAAAGACAGAGCCAAGCAGCCGUUUCUUGACUGGUCAGAGCUGCGAGAUAACCUUUCACACACCAAAAACAUACAAAAGAACAAAGAGCUCACCAAACAAAGACCAACUGGUUUAAAAAAUGCUACGCACGGUCGCUCAUGCAUGCAUCAGCAAAUCCUGUCUAUUCAUUUCGUGUAAACCUCACCAUAUGGACGGACAGGAUCCUCCCACAACUUUAUCAGCAACUGUUCAUAGCAUUUCUCACUAAUCAAGCAACAAACACGUGGCCAAAUAUCUUAAAUUAAUCAGUAGGUCAUUGCUUUUGACUUGUUCAUUUUCGUCUACAAAGAAGUGCUCACCAACCACACCGAUUCUUCCAUAUAUACACACACAGUCCAAGUUCAUGUUAUCUUCCAGAGCAUUGAGCAUAUUACUUUUAUUAGCAUCAAGCCAUGUUGAGAGCAUUGAGCACAUGCAGGAACCAUGGGGGUUAUGAAAGGUUAGUUGACGAGCCUGUUAACAGAAGUCUAUUGGAUGGGAAGUUGAAGAGGGCUAAAAGCGUACCAGCUAGUGUUUUUGGCUCAUCAAAGUCACGAAAGUUGGGACCAGAACUGGCCCUUCAAAAUAUUUUUCCGGCGAAGCCUAGCAGCAGAAAGGUUAGCAAGAGUCAUCCACUGUUUAGUCUCUUCAAUAAUCGUAGAAAGAAGAAACCUACGGCUAGGCCAGAAUUUGCUAGGUACUUGCAGUAUGUGAAGGAAGGAGGGAUAUGGCUCUGAUCUGUCAAAUAUAUAUAUGCAUGGCCAUAGAUUCAUCAACAUUGAAGCAAGAAAAGGCAGUGCUGUUCGAUCAGCUUUCUUUUAUUUAGCUCAAAGAAGUGUGUAUUAUUCUAAGCAAACAAUGCUUUUGACAAACUGAAAUUUGGCAAUGCCAAAUAUGACAAAUCUUUUCACUUUUUGUACGAUCCAUUUAAUUUCACAGAAUUAGAAUUGAAAUAUUGAAAGUUCUUGCUUUGUGUUCA